AUGGCCCAGCUUCUCCAGUUCGAGGUGACCUGCCCCAUCUGCGAAGAUUACUUCCUCGAUCCCGUUUCCAUCUUUUGCGGGCACAACUUCUGCCGAAAAUGUAUCAACUUCUGGGUGGACGAGUCUUCUGACGAACUGUAUCCAUGCCCCGUCUGCCGGAGACUCUUCUGGAGUGGGAAGGUCCGAGCGGCGAAGCGGGUUGGGGUUCUGACCAAGCUCAUCCAGCAACACAGGGCUCUCCUGGAGCAGAGGUUGACCCUGAAGGACCAGAUCCGGAGAUUUGGAGUGGACGUGACGUUGGACGCAGACACCGCCCACCCGUUCCUCAUCCUGUCCGAAGAUGGGAAGAGUGUGAGCCACGGAUCCUUGAAGGAGAACUGUGACCCCGCUGCCAAAAGAUUUGACCGCUCCCCUUUCGUCCUGGGGAGUCAGAGCUUCACCUCUGGGAAACAUUUCUGGGAGGUGGAGGUGGGAGAGAAGACUGAAUGGGUGGUGGGGGUGUGUAAGCAAUCUGUGAACCGAGAGGGGAAGGUCAUGCUAUCCACUGAGACUGGAUUCUGGGUCUUUGGCCUGGACAGGCAAAAUGAAUACAUGGUCAGCACAAGCCCCAGCAGCCAACUUCACGUGAUCGAAUCCCUGUUCGGGGUGAGUAUCUUCCUGGAUCUGGAGGCGGCCGAAAUCUCAUUUUACAAUGCCUCUAACGCUAAGCACAUCUAUACAUUCACCGGCAUCCCUACCUCUGAACCUCUGCAUCCUUUAUUCUCUCCAGGACGGCAAAUUGGAAGCAAAAAUGAGGCUCCUCUGACAAUCCGUCCAGCCCUGUGUGAGGGUUGA